UUGAUGCAUACAUUGAUGAACUUUCAUCUGUUAUACCCUUCCACACGGGAAUGAUUAGAACUGCAUUGGAUACUGAGUGUAGGGUUGCUAGUUUUGGUGCAUACAUGUUUAAGAAAAAUGUAAUUACUAUGUCAAUUGGAGGACAUGAAUCUCAAGUGCAAUACGCAAUGGAAAGAGGUAUUCCUGCUAUCAUUGGCGUUCUUGCAACCAUGAAGCUGCCUUUCCCUUCAGGAUCUUUUGACAUGGCACAUUGUUCUCACUGUCUCAUUCCAUGGGACACAGAAGAUGGAAUGUACAUGAUGGAGGUUGACCGAGUUCUCAGGCCUGGUGGUUACUGGAUACUUUCCGGUCCACCUAUCAAUUGGAAGAAUAACUACCAAGAAUGGCAGCGUUCCCAACUGGAACUUGAGAAGGAGCAAAGGAACAUUGAAGAUAUUGCCAAACUUCUUUGCUGGGAAAAGAAAUAUGAAAAGGGUGACAUUGCCAUAUGGAGAAAAAGAUUAAAUUGCAGCCAACAAGACACUCCACCCACGGCGGCAGCAGUAUGCAAAUCCACCCAUGCUGAUCAUGUCUGGUACAAGAAGAUGGAAAAGUGUGUAACUCCUAGCCCCGGACCAAGCCGUUCAUGGAAACCAUUCCCAGAGAGGCUCAACGCCAUUCCAUCAAGCGUAAGCAGAGAAUAUGUGGAGGUAUACAAGGAGGACAGCCGAUUGUGGAAGAAGCAUGUAAAUGCUUACAAGAGGGUCAACAAAAUCAUUGACUCGGGAAGGUAUCGCAACAUCAUGGACAUGAAUGCUGGUCUGGGAAGUUUUGCUGCAGCUCUGGAUUCAACCAAAUUGUGGGUUAUGAAUGUUGUGCCUACCAUUUCUCAAAAAGCUUCUCUUGAUGUUAUCUUGGAGCGUGGAUUGAUCGGCAUUUAUCAUGAUUGGUGUGAAGCAUUUUCCACAUAUCCAAGAACAUAUGAUCUGAUCCACGCAAAUGGUGUUUUCAGUUUGUACAAGAAUGUAUGUAGUGCAGAAGAGAUGCUACUGGAGAUGGACCGGAUUCUGCGGCCGGAAGGAGCAGUGAUAUUGAGAGAUGAAGAGAAUGUGUUGAGGAAGGUUCAGAGAAUAGUGAGGGGAAUGAGAUGGAAGACCAAAAUGGUGGAUCACGAGGAUGGUCCACUUGAGCAAGAGAAGCUUUUGUUUGCUGUCAAGCAGUAUUGGGUUGAAGGUGACACCAACAUCACCACCACAUGAAAAUAUCAUAGGACAUAGGGCAUGUCUUGUAUUUCUAAGAGAAUAUUUGACU